AGCUUUAUUAUCAGGAACUUUGAGGACGUACCAACGAGCAGGAUGCGAUGAUGAAGUGGUGAUACUGAAAUGUCCGCCAGGAACUAGCAUAUCCAUAGAAAUCGCUCAAUAUGGAAAAUCGACGCCAUCAAAAUCCCUCUGCAAGCCUAGAGCCACUCCUUCAGCCAUCUCAAGGUCGUCAUACAACUACAAUGUUUCCUGCUUGUGGCCCAACGCUAUCCAGACUGUCGUGGAGGCUUGCCAAAAGAAGCGCCAGUGCAAGUUCCAAACCAACCCGAAGACCUUUGGAGGCGACCCAUGUCCUGGAGUUAGAAAAUACGUCGAGGUAGCUUACAAGUGUCGACCAUACGAGUUUCGAAGUAAAGUGGCCUGUCAAAAUGAGCGAAUCCAGCUGAAGUGCAAUCCGAACUCGAGAGUGGCAGUCUAUAGCGCAAGUUUCGGAAGGACGGAAUAUGAGAGUAUUCAAUGUCCCCAACCACAAGGUGUUCCAGAAGAAACAUGUCUUGUCAGCUACGCCACUGAAACAGUUAUGCAACUUUGUCAUGGAAAGAGGAAUUGCGAUCUUUCAGCCGAUAUCAGCACGUUUGGAAGUCCCUGUAAACCCGAAUCCCGGAUGUAUUUGAAAGUUGUUUACACAUGCGUUCCAAGAAAAGUUUUAAAAGAACAGUACGAAGGUACCCUGGCGCCGGAUGAAGUUGAUGAAGAACCAUCAUCAGACGACGAAGAGGAUUUCGAUACUUACGACGCUGGAAACGAAUACAUCCGUGAAUCCGCAGCAUCUCCCCCUGCCCCCAAUAUAGAAGGCGUUGCCAAAGAUAAUUUUACCAAAGAUCUCGACGAUUUCAGUUCAAAAAGUCCCGCUCACAAAUCGAAUGGUUUAGAUUUUGUCUCAGGCUCCGCUCACCACACCCCUCGUUCCCGCUUUAACCCCUUCGUCCGAUUGCGACCACCCAAGCAGAAAACCAAAACUACCAAAGAUAUGCUCGGGGAUGAUGUUCCGGAUCCAAAUUGUACAAUAACGGUAUACGUUGGGACAGCGGGCCAGAAUGAGAAAACCACUGUUAUCGGAUUUGUUUCUGAGUGGAUUAACGCCUACACAUUCGUCUCACGUAAGUAUUUAUUUUAG